AUGUCCUCUCUCAAUGUCUUUCCCUCUCUCUCUACCCUCUUCCGAGUCUUCAGCCUCCUCUCCGUCCUCUCCGUAUCCUCCAUUGCCUCUCUCCUCUACCUCUACCAAGGCAAGUUAAUCUACCCCUCCAAUCUCCCCGCAGGGGCACGUACAGAUACCACAAACCCCUCCGACUUCUCUCUUCCCUUUGAGAAUCUCGCAUUGAAGACACCUGAUGGAGAGAAGUUGCAGGCUUGGUUCAUCAGGCCUGAUGGAAAGGGCCAGGAGAGGAAGAUGACCGUCGUCAUGUUUCAGGCAAACGCAGGGAAUAUAGCACACCGUCUGCCUCUUGCUGCCAUUUUCUACAAGCGUCUAGCAGUCAAUGUCCUCAUGCUCUCCUAUCGGGGCUAUGGCUUGAGUACUGGCUCGCCCAAUGAAGCAGGCAUCAAGAUUGAUGCUCAGGUCGCCUUGGACUGGCUCAAGGCACGGCUCUGGCCCGAGAGCAAGAACAAGCGGGAGGGAAUCGACUUUUCGUCUCACAAUGUCAUUCUCUAUGGACAGAGCCUUGGAGGAGCAGUCGCGAUCGAUGCGGCAGUGCGGAAUGGCAAUUGGGUCAAGGGGCUGAUCUUGGAGAAUACCUUCCUGGACAUUCCCUCCCUGAUCCCAUCUGUGCUACCCCCGGCUCGAUUCUUUACUUGGCUCUGCAGGGAGGUCUGGUCCUCCCGAACUCGGCUGCCUCAGCUGGACAAGGGAGUCAAGGUCCUCUUCCUCAGUGGAAAGGACGACGAGUUGGUCCCACCUAGCCAGAUGCGAGAGCUGUACAGAGUCUGUCGACACAAGGAGGGCAGUGGAAAGGAGUGGAGUGAAUUUGAGGAAGGCACACACAAUGAUACAUGCAUGAAGCCCGGCUACUUCCCCACAAUCGCUUCUUUCCUCCAUCGGCAUUUCUCCCACACGACUCCACUCUCACGAGAGGCCCUCUCCCGCGGCUUCGCAGGCACAAAGAGCAACACGAGCAAUGUCAGUGGCGGCAGUAGCGGAGGCGGUGCUGGGGGAGAGGAGGAGAAGAUCACUCGAGAGUUGGAGGAAGAGUAUGGCGAUGAUUGGGAGCACGUCGAAGGUGGUGCAGGGGCAGACGAAGCUGGUGGACAGAUAGAGGGGAUGAGGCGGAGGGUGGCGGGUGCAGGAAGCAAGGGACCUCGAGACGUCGUUGGUGAAGAGAUCGAGGAGAUUCAGACGGAGGGUGUCAGGAGAAGUAGAUCAGACCUGUAGGGCUCUGCAGUCAGUCACCGCAUCCAUCAAAUCACAGAUGGUCUACUCCAUCAAAGAAGACACCUAUUCACACUGAUGUAUGUACUCUACGAAGCAUGAGAUUGCAUUGCGACGCAAAGAGAGGGGGAAUGCUGAAAAGCGACGAUGACAGUGUGCCCUCGUAUGACUUGACUACGCUCUCCGACAAUCCACCUCAGCAGACAGUACUGCUAGGAGGAAGUUGUGCACUAGACCGCCAUCCACACGCUUAAGCGGUAGGGGGCUUCUCUC